UUUGUGCAGAGAGCUUGUUGCACAUGUUUUUCUUUGCUCAUUUUUAUGUAAAAAACAUAUUUUUCAUUAAACAGUGCACGUCGAUGAUUGAAUGUCUGAUUUUAUAAACUUAUGAAUACAAUCAUUUAAGUGUCAUUUGUUGCUGUGAGAUAAAAGACUGUGUUUUGUAUAAACUAAAGUGCAUCUGAGUGUAUUUGUGAACUGUUAUGUUUAUACGAGGCGUUUAUACCAUUGUUUGAGUUAAAUUUUGAUCAACAAACGGUAAGCCACGCCGUGCGCGCGGAUUUCAAUUAAACCCAAGGUGCAGUGUCCCCAAGAAGUUAAGUCAUCGCGAGCGCCAAGAAGUGGUUCGAUUUGGGCAGUAUCGAAAAGUGAUGGAGCUAAACAAGCAGUCAGUUAAUUUAUGCCGGUCUGUUAAUUGACGAACAAUUACAGGACAGAGUUUUGGGUCGUUGUUAUUGUGUAUAGUUGAUAGUUUUGCCACUGUGAUCUUGUGACUUCGGAUAUACUGAGAUGAGCGCUAUCGUUGCGAAUCCAGUCCAGACACAAACGGGCGGCACUUCGACGGUUGUGGAACGCAAGCGGAGGAGGUCGCGCGCCGCUGUCACUCUGCUGGCUACGGCAAAUGCCAUUCUCAGAGUUUUGGGGGUGAAUAACAGCAAAUCCACGGCUAACGCAGUGUUAAAACUUCACCAGAUUAACGGCCAGCAGCCUGCAGCAGCCGCCGUGAUGCCGGCAGCGCCGCCUUCGCCGCCGCCAGCACACAGCGUGGAGGGUUCGCCUCCAAGGAAUGGCGUCACCGCCCAAAGGCACCAGGACGCACCUAUGCCAACUAGGCGAAGCCCUAAAGACUUCAUUUUCGGUCGAUCUAUUGGUGAAGGAAGUUUUAGUAAUGUUUAUUUAGCCAAGGAUAUACACUCCCGUAAAGAAUACGCAAUAAAAGUAUGUGACAAAAGACAUAUAAUUCGCGAGAGGAAAGCUGAAUACAUCAAACGAGAGAAAGAGGUGUUGCACAUGCUUUCAAAUUGCGAAAAUGGAUUUGUUCAUCUUUAUUGUACAUUUCAAGAUGCUGAUAAUUUAUACUUUGUCUUAUCCUAUGCUAAAAAUGGUGAAUUGUUACCAUAUAUAAAUAAAGUUGGUUCAUUUGAUUUGACAUGUACAAGGUUCUAUGCGGCUGAAAUUUUGGUAGCUUUAGAAAAAUUACACUGUAGAGGAAUUAUACAUCGAGAUUUGAAGCCUGAAAAUAUACUUUUGGAUGAACAUAUGCAUAUUUUGAUAACUGACUUUGGUUCUGCUAAAAUAUUAAAUGAAGAUAACUCAAAUUUAAAUUCGUCUGAAGGGGAGAUGUGUGAAAGGCGAAAUAGCUUUGUAGGCACAGCUCAAUAUGUUAGUCCCGAAUUAUUAAAGGAUAAAAGGGCAUCUAAAGUAUCUGAUUUAUGGGCAUUUGGUUGUAUAAUAUAUCAAAUGGUGUCUGGUUUACCUCCUUUCAGAGAUGGAUCUGAAUAUUUAAUUUUUCAAAAAAUUCUUAAACUCAAUUAUGAGUUUCCAGAAGGCUUUGAUGAGACUGCCAAAGACUUAGUAGAAAAGCUAUUAGUAUUGGAUCCUAACAAGAGAUUAGGUAUAAACGAUGAUGGGCCAACUUACAAAAGUGUGAGAGAACAUCCUUUCUUUAAUGGAAUAGAAUGGGAUACUUUGUAUCAGCAAACACCACCAGAUAUUUAUCCCUACUUGCCUGGUAGAAGUGCAGAUGAAGAACUUCGAAGUCAAUACAGAGUCCCUGACCAUCUAGAACCAGGUUUAGAUGAUAAACAACUAACUAGACUGUUUGGAUUAGAAUUAGGAAUAGCUGAACCACGCCAACCUAAAGGCAUAUGUGAUAUUUCACCAGAAGAAAUUGAAAGGCGCUUAGAAAAGCAAAAAUUAGAUAAAUGGCAUCCAUUUGUAGAAAAUAAUUUAAUUUUGAAGCAAGGCUUUGUUAACAAACGCAAAGGUUUAUUUGCUAGGAAGAGAAUGCUUCUUUUAACAAUGGGUCCAAGAUUAUUCUAUGUAGACCCAUAUAACAUGGUGCUCAAAGGUGAAAUACCCUGGAGCCCUGAAUUAAGAGUAGAACCCAAGAAUUUUAAGAUCUUCUUUGUACAUACUCCAAAUAGGACAUAUUAUUUAGAAGAUCCCGAAGGUUAUGCACUUCAAUGGUGCAAAGACAUAGAAGAUGUUCGCUUACAUGUUUAUGGAAAGCAACAACCAAAAUAACAUAGAUAUGUUAUGCUUUAGAUAGAUAAAUUUGUAGAACAUUCAGCAAUGAUAUUUUUUAUAGAUUGAGCUGGAGCAUGUGUUAUUUUCUAAGUUAAUUUAUUUGUUUAUUUGAUUACGGAAUAUUAUUUAUUUUUAAAAGUAGUAUAUUUGU